AUGGUUGUACUCAAUUGCACGGACAAGCAGAAGGUCCGUUAUGCUACAUUCAAGAUGACUGGAGAGGCAAAACGUUGGUGGCUUUCUGCAAAGCUGUUAGAAGACCAGAGGCUAGAAAAGAUAGCUCUUACCUGGGAGAGAUUCAAGGAGUUGUUCUUUGACAUGUAUUUUCCUUCGGCUGUCAGAGAGAAAAAGAUUAAGGAAUUUACCAAUCUGACCCAAGAGGAGAUGACCGUUGUGGAAUAUGCAGCAAAAUUUGUGGAGCUAUCACACUUCGCACCAUUUCUAAUUCUGAACGAGGCAAUGAAGGCCAAGAAAUUUGAGAAAGGCCUUAGGCACAGAAUAUACGAGCUGGUGGUGGGGUUUCAAGUUCAAACUUUCUUAGAAUUAGUUUAUGAGGCUUCGGUGCUAGAGAAGAGUAUCUAG